GACGACAGUUGUCUUCUGCUGCUCUCCGGUGCUUUCGCUUUCCCGAGGGUCCAGUGUGUUUCGCCACCCGAGGAGAACCCGCGUGCUCCACGUUAUAUCAGCGCGAAGUAAUUCGAGAGUACAUUAGAGUCGGUUAAGAGGCACUCAGAACAUGGCCACCCAGAAAGCGAGAUUCGUGAACAAACAGUUCAACUCUCCUAUCAAUUUGUAUUCGCCACAGUCGAUACAAGAGACUCUGGACAGGCAGACUCAGAUUCUGGCUAACGGUGCAGUCGGGAUCGACUUCAGCCAGUUAGCAAAGCCAGCGAACUUGCAGAACAGCGCGGUUCUACGUAUGCUCGAAGAAGAAGAAGCGAGGCAGCGUGGUGGUCAACCAGGUCUCAAACGAGUAGCUUGGCCACCGCCUCCAGAGGAUCAAGACUUCGACUACGUGGAGCAAGCUCCCGUCCAAGCGAAGACCCGUGGGUACGGUGAAUUCUGCUCGUACCAGAGCAGCCCCUCGUCAGGUCCGUCACCCCAACCGCCCUCGACGGUCGCACGGUCGUCGACACAGAGCGUCGUCCCGUCGUCCCCGUCGCCGGUCAGUCCUGGCGGCACGCUCCUGCGACAGCCCUCGCACUUCCAACAGCAACAGGCGAAUCCCAGGGGCUGGGCGCCCGUGACACCCCCGGCGACCUCGCCGCUCUCCCAGCAGCAUCCUCCGUUCCCGAACCAACAGCAGCAAUCGCAGCAGCAACAACAGCAGACCCAGCCUUGGCAGCAACACCCCCAGGAUUCCUACGACCGGGCACCGCAGAGGCAGCAGCAGAAUAUAUCCGGCUAUUACACAAGUACCCCUGCGGCGUUCGAGGCACCACCCUCCACCAUCGUCCUUCGUCCUGAGCCGCCUAUCUCGCAGGUACCAGCACCGGUGUACCAGGCCCAGCCCGCAGCAACGAAAGCUCCGGCAACAGGCAAUAUGCGAGGAGAUCUAAAGUGGCCGCCGGCGUCCGUGAAGGCCCAGGUUGAAGCAGAGAACCGGGCCAGGAUGGAACUCGCGAGAGGUCCAGCUUUCAGACCCCGUCGAGUAAACAAGGACUACAGUGGUUUCUUCGCGCAACACGCCGUGACAAACAACUAUCCAGGCUACCGAGCACCACCUGGAACCCAAUACUUCACCCCGGCUUACCAGCAUUAGCGAAUAUUCCGUUCCAAGUAACACGCAUUCGAGCACGAGGCAUCAUGUCGAGUUUCUCGUCGACCGGGACGCUCAGGAUGCGCAAGAAGGCGGAGAAACGCAUGAGAGAUGAUUUUUUUCGUGAUUAAAAUUUUUAAAACCAUGAGACUGUAAUAGAAAAUUCGUAUUAAUGCAGAAUUUCCUGUCGCAACGCAAACUUUUUUUUAUAGAAAGGCCGCGACUCUGCGCACGAUUGUCGUGUUUGUAGCUCUUUCAGAAUGUGGCCCAAACAGCAAAAGAGAAAUGUCACGUCAAAUGCGUUUCUCGGGUUUCUAGAGAGACUUUCGAUCUGGUUUUCGAGCUUCAACGAACCUGUGUAUACAGAGACUGAACGGUUACCUUUCAUCUUUGCAGGGUAGCGUAAACUAAUAACAAUUGUCGAAAAUCCGGUUUAUUUACAACAUUCGGUUUAUUAUUCGAGCAUCAUCGUUCAGAAAUUUCCACACUUGUACUUUUUCUUAAAACUUCCGCAAAUCAGAGGAAAAUGAAUCUCUGGAGAUAUUUUGUAAUAAAACAUUUUCUUUUUUCAUUUUUAUUAUUAGAGAUUUUUGUACGUAUGAGGACUGGGUUUUCUAGUCUUCGACUGGGAAUUUCUGAUCUAGAUGAACUCAACAUUGUGAUAGAAUUAACGCUGCGAAACAGGUUUACAAGACUAACGCUUGACACACGAAUCACAAGAAUGGCGGAUCACAAACGAUUACUUAGAGAUUUCGGAAGAAUAAUAUCAGCAGAUUGUACUUUUUACCACGAAGACACCAACGAUAUAGAAAAAUAACGAAAUUGUCGAAUCCUAGACAAAAAUCCGCGAAAUAAACGAUCGAAUUACACAGAAUAAAUGUAUUCGGGGAGAAAGUGUGUAUCGAAUCAGCUAUACCGAAAGGAGACGCAUUUGAUAAUGCAACUUGGCGACGAUCUGCCUGUUAACUAACCAACAAAUAAUUUUUAAUAAUGUAAUAUAUCGAUGUGAAUAAAUAAAUAUCGCAGAUCUAUGCUAAAUAAUAUGUUGUUAAUAAACUAUACUAAAAAAAUGUGUGCACGUAAAUUUUGUAAUGAAAUUUAGGAUAAAAGAGAUAACGAUUUUUAUUUUCUUUUUCGUUCGUUCUUCAGGUAAUACAGGUUGUAUCUAAGUAACACUUCACAAUAUAUUUUCUCUAUCAAAUUUCGUAAAAAAAAAAAAAAAAAUGUAAUUCAAAGAUGUAAUUCGAGACAAUUUCAGCACUUCCAAAAGAGUGCGUUACAAUAAAACCUAAAAUAUUGCUUAUCAUCAUUAAAAA